AUGCUCGUUCAACUUUCUUUGAGGAUGUUAAUAAUUGACAACGACUCAAACAAAUCCUCUUUCCGUAAAACUGAGGAAAGUUUAUCUGCAACAAAUGAAGAGUCAUCUGUGAUAAACUAUCAUCGGAGAAUACAGAAAAAUUUCAUUGAUAUUUCGAAAUAUGAUAAACGUGUGAUUGUGUUCUCUGUCGUGCUCAUUAUAAUUGCAGUAAUCAUCGUUAUAGCUCCACACUUCUUUGGAUCGUUCGACUUGAAUCCGGUCGUUCACCUCAUAAUGACUAUGGUGUUUUGCGUGUUAGCCAUAGCCAGUGGAUAUCUUGUCGUAAUUUCCACAUACUUCAGAGAAAAGCUGAUUACUGCUUUAAUUACUCUUCUCAUUUACGGAAUAUGUUGCUCUGUUUGUCUGUCCAUUUUCUUUACCGGUGCUACACUUUUGGAUGUUAUUCUGGGUUGGGUUGCAUCUGUUGUCAUAUGUGCAUGUGGAGUAUUUUUAGGAGCAAUGAUAAAGAAAGAUUUGACUGAGAAAUUCGACAUCUUCCUGGUAGUGUGUGUUGUAAUUUUUAUUCUGACGGGCAUCGCCAUGGUGAUACUAAUUGCUGACAAAAUAAUCAGGGCCGUUUUAACCAUCGCAGGAAUAGGAAUAUUUGUAGAAGUGUUUCUGGUGUCAGUUAUAGUUGGACAAUUGAUCUUCAAAUCUGGUCACUUACAUAUUCGUGAUGAUUGGUCUCUGGGUGUACUGGGCGUGUUCACACUAGUUAUCACAGCGUUUGUAAUAGCAGAGGUGGCCAUCUACUGUUUCAGAAUCAUGACGUAA